AAAAUAGUGGCAACCGGUAAAGUUGUACGCAGUCUUCUGCUGUCACCUGGGAGAACAAGAAUAAGACACGGUCUGCCCUCUUGGAGGUCACACAUUAUGUAUCAAAGAGGAGAUAAGGUGGGCGCACGAGGAACUGCAAUGCAGAAGCGCAAUCCCAAGGAAGAGAAAGAGGAAGAAGACAAUUCUACCCUUACUCAGGAAGCUCCUAUUGCUACCUCUCGGCCCAGCCGAGGCUGGCGUAGCAGUAGCAGGACCGCUGCGUCACGGAAUUGUGAUACAGAGAACACUCGAAGUUCAAGGUCCAAGACUGGCUCCUUGCAGCUGAUCUGCAAAUCAGAACCCAAUACAGAAGAGCUUGAAUACGAGAUAACAGAAGAACAACAGUCUCCUGGUGGAGUAAGUAGUGAUGAGGAGGAGGAAGAAGAGGAGAUGUUGAUCAGUGAAGAGGAGAUACCCUUCAAAGAUGACCCAAGAGAUGAGACCUACAAACCCCACUUAGAAAGGGAAGCCCCUAAGCCACGGAGAAAAUCAGGGAAGGUGAAAGAAGAGAAAGAAAAGAAAGAAAUUAAAGUGGAAGUGGAGGUGGAGAUCAAAGAAGAAGAAAAUGAAAUUAGGGAAGAUGAGGAGCCUCCUAGGAAGAGAGGAAGGAGGCGAAAAGAUGACAAAAGUCCACGGUUACCCAAAAGGAGAAAGAAACCUCCAAUCCAGUAUGUUCGUUGUGACAUGGAAGGCUGUGGAACUGUUCUUGCUCACCCUCGAUAUCUGCAACACCACAUUAAAUACCAGCAUAUGCUGAAGAAAAAAUAUGUAUGCCCUCAUCCCUCAUGUGGACGACUCUUUAGGCUUCAGAAGCAGCUGCUUCGACAUGCCAAACAUCACACAGAUCAAAGGGAUUAUAUUUGUGAAUACUGUGCUCGAGCCUUCAAGAGCUCCCACAACUUGGCAGUGCACCGGAUGAUCCACACUGGCGAGAAACCAUUACAGUGCGAGAUCUGUGGAUUCACCUGUAGGCAGAAGGCUUCCCUCAAUUGGCACAUGAAGAAGCAUGAUGCAGACUCCUUCUACCAGUUUUCUUGCAAUAUUUGUGGCAAGAAGUUUGAGAAGAAGGACAGUGUGGUGGCCCACAAAGCGAAGAGCCACCCGGAGGUGCUGAUUGCUGAAGCUCUAGCUGCCAAUGCCGGAGCCUUGAUUACCAGCACAGAUAUCCUGGGCACUAACCCAGAGUCCCUGGCACAAUCCACUGAUUCCCAGGGCCUCCCCCUUCUGCCAGAGCCCUUGGGGAACUCAGCCCCUGCAGAGUGCCUCCUGCUAGAUUCAGAAGGGAUGCCCAAGGCAUUCUGCAGUGGGGCGGAGCGGGUGAGCCUGAUGGCAGAUGGAAAGAUCUUUGUGGGAAGUGGCAGCAGUGGAGGCACAGAAGGGCUGGUCAUGAACACAGAGAUUCUCGGGGCCACGACAGAGGUUCUGAUUGAAGAUUCAGACUCUGCUGAACCGUAGGGGGCAUUGGGACUAUUCAGACUUUGUAUUUAAAAAAAUGGGGAAAAAAAGGAAAAAAAAUUACAAAGUUAAAACAGAUUUAAAAUACUAGUAAAAGUAACUGAAGGGCCUGCUCCUCCCAGUGUGGAACAUAGCACACCCUUUUCCCUCUAUCCUUCCGCCAUUGGCCCCUUUAUGAAAGUCAUGCUGCUUUCACCAGUGAUUAAACAGAAGCUCUCAAAGCAAAGUGAGGGAUUUCCUCACGCCCAAUUCAAGCCAGACAGACUUGCUGACCUUUGGCAGACCUCUUCCCCCUGCCUUUUCUUUUCUUUCCCUAGACUGUCAUUUUGAUGUGCUUGGCUUCUUAUUCUUAUAACCGAUUCCUGUCCUCUCAAUUUUAUCUGCCCUCCCCCUAGUCUCCCGUAUUGCAGCUCUCAGCCUCACAUUCUUGUAUUUCCCCUGGAUUCGGAGCUUACCUUGGCACUUUAGGGUCCCUCCUCAGGGUGAGCUUGUCCGACAGUCCACAUAUAUCCUUCAUCCUCAUCUCCUUUCAUUUUCCACUGAGCCUUUGAAAGGAAGGAUCCAUGGAGACCCCCUUUCCUUUGCGGCACCUCCAGAGGGCUCUCAUUGGUGCUCACUUGCUUGGCAGCAGGUGUUUGGGAAAGGGAGGGGCUGCCCUCGACAUAUUCUCUGACUGGCAAACAGAGCUCUGUGUUGGAGAGAACCAGGAGUCCCAGAUUGAUGACAGAAAUGUGCACUUUGAACAUAUGUUUUUGUGUUGUGGAAACUCAAUUCCUUAUUUAUUGACGAACGGUCUGAUUUUUGUUGUUAUUUUUUGUGGGGCUAGGAAAGGGUGAGCUAUUCUGAUGUGGGAUCCUUCCCAUGAAUAGGUACUUUUGGAGGCGAGACUGUAAGGUAUAAAAGAUAUAGCCAGUCCCUGAAUCAUAGUUUUCUAGUAUCCUCGAAGAAGAGCUGGUCCUCAGCACUAAGAGUUGCUACAAUAGCCUAGUGAUCAUUUGAACAAUCUUUUCAGGGAAGAGUAAAAGGCUUAGUGAAUUAGUGCCCUCUUUGGAUUUCUAGAAGCACUGAAGUUUAGUGUUUGUGACAGAGAAGGGCUGGUUCAGGGGAGGAACUACAGAAACAAGAAUCUUUCAGUUGUUUUCCCUUUACACCUUAGGUCAUGAAUCCCCCAAUUAUGGCUAUGCUAAUCAUUGCUUUGUCAUUGUCUGCUUCAUUCCAGUGCCCUCUAUUAAGAUGCUGCCACCUAAAGGGGCAAAGCACUGGCAUCUUGUGAUUUGAGUACAGAAAGUACCCAGCUCUGUUGCUCUCUGGCAGUUUUGCCCUUUCUUCAAGAGAUGAGGCAACAACAGAUAGCGGGAUGCAGACAAUUUGUUAACUGUCAUUAUGAACUGGAAUACGGACAGGAGAGGGGAGUCUCCACUGUCCCUUCUAUCAAAUUUGUAUCCCCGAGGACUCUCCAGGGGUAUGCUGCUUUGUGGAAUAGCAUCUGGUAAAACUUUGAAACUUCAAGAAGACUUUAUGCUUAUCCAGUCUUAUUUUUAGAGCGUCAUAAGGGCAGUGGUUGUCUUUGAGAAGGACUUUACAUGUACCUCAAGUGUUAGGGCAGGAAGGCUUGCUCUAUCCCUUGGGGGAAAUGUGUGGCAACUAUUAGAGAAAAUGAAGGCUUGUUGGAAAAGGUGAGGAACAGCUUUUUUUCAUGAACACUAAAAAUAAGUUAUCCAUGUUCUGUCUUGAUUUUUUUCUUUUCUCCCUCCUUCUUCCCUCCCCACCCCCUUGAAGAAAAGGGUGGCACCAAAAUGUCAUCUUUGAAAGAAACUUGACUUUACCCACUUCUUCAAGUGCCGGCCUGCCUGCCAGGAGAAUGAGGGGUGGGGCACCCACAGUGGACGAGUCUCAAAUGCCCCAUUGUUUCUUAGAUCUGCAGGCCCUUUGCUGUGGGGGUAGAGAGUAAAGGGAGGCAAGGAUGGGACCUGAUGUGAAAUAUGCUUCCCUUCCUAGUGGCCAGUUGACCUGGUAUGUGGGAACGUUUGAAAAGGCCAUGAAACCUGAUCAUGAAACCUGAGUGGCCCCUGGGAUACUGUCCCCCCCUCCCCCAUGUAAAGGCCCAGCCUGUACUUGGCCAGGACAGAUAGCAUCCCUCCCGCCCCUCAUCUGUUUGGCCCUUUGCUUUUUUCCCCCAUACGUUUCCGUUGUAGUGCUUAACGUCUCCCCAGACCCCACUGCCACCUGCCAGAAGCAAACUCCAGAUGUGGCUUGUCCAAGGAAUGGGGGAGAGCUGUGGCAGAUUCUCCUCCCACCCCUCAACUGACUAGUGUGAACUCUUAGAUGCUUCCCAUCUCUUCUUCCUGUCCCUUUUCUCUGCCACCACUCGCAUGCAUGCGGUUUGCUUCGAUUAAAUUAUUGUAGUAGUUUGCAAUAAACACUUUCUAUUUUCAUGGGCUUUAUUUUAGUUUUCCUUUUGGGCACAUUUAGGGAAAAGAGCAUGAUAGGGAAUUGGGAGUUGAUUUCCUGCUCUCUUUCUAAACAAGCUAAUACCUUGCAUCCUUCCUCUUUGUUUUCUUCUCCACUCUCUCCCCCCCCCCCCAAAAGUUGACUUAAGUGCACUUCCGAGGAGCCUUACAUGCACAUCUUCUACCCCUGGUCCGGAAACAGUCCAAUCCUGUCGUAUUUAAAUUGUGUCUGUUUUAGCCGAAUGUUCCCCUCUUGGAUGGACACACCUGGCACAUUGCACUGUACCUCAGAAGUAGAUGACUGGUCCACACGAGGCUGCAAGGCAAGCAGGGAGCUGUGCUUUCUCCUUGUUAAGAGGGACAUCUUGUGAUCAUUUUCACGUGACUCUUAGAAUGGGGUUCAGAUAGAGGUUUGGAUGUGAUAACUGGCCAUCAGGAACUGGGCUUUGGAGGGCGUAAUGCAGCUUCCAUAUGGAAGUACCCGUACCGGUUCCGUACCUGCAUGGGGCAAAGAAUAGAAGGGGCACAAUUGGCUCUGACUAAGGUGUUUGAUGACCAUGUUUCCCCUUCUCCCUCUUUGUCCUCUUCCCUUCUCCCAGAUGUAGUAUUCAAGGAAGAAAGUAAUGGAUCAAUUUUAAAUAUUUUAUUUCUCAAAGACCUCUCUUUUUGCCUGUUGAAAUGUGUAGGACCCUUCUUAAUUGAAUGGGAGACACAGGUACCUACCUGAACCUAGGUUGGAAAAGUUAUGUAAAAUUAUAAUAAAAGGGAUACUCUGCUUUUCAA